AUGAGUCACCUGUCCAUUGAGAAGAGCAAAGCACGGUACGUGGGACUGAAAUAUACUCAUGCCCAUCCAGAUCUUGGUGAGCUCACGGGUCGACUGGUUGAGCUGGAGCGCUUCUCGAAAGCUAAAGUUGUCCAAUUUUGUUCCAUUCCCUUCGCUAGGAUACCCAAGCGCUUUCUACCAUCUAUCAAACUCGAGAAGAUCCCGCAGAACUUUGAUGAGCGACCAUACCGAGAAUUCACGGAGUUUGGAGCGGGAUGUCCUCAAACAGGAGCAUCCAGCCCAGCCUGGUGGCUUCCUCAGGGUGGGCCGCUGGCAGAUGAUCUCGGAUUGGAAUACAAUGAAUUCACAUGUCUUACAGUAUCGAUAUCAGCUCCCGUCGCAAGCUUGACUUCAGCAUCGAGGUCAAAAGUGCCGGUGAUGGUUUACGUUCAUGGUGGUGGGUUGGCAGAAGGCGUGGGCCAUAUCGACGGCCUACACUCGAAUGCAUCUAUUGCAUCAUAUGCAUGUUCAAUUUCCCAGCCGGUCGUUGUUGUGAACAUAGGAUACCGAUUAAAUUGGUUCGGCGGCUUGGUUUGCCAGGAUCUGCUUGACGAGUAUUCAGCCGGUAAUGUUCAGGGUCAUCAUGGGCCGUUCAAUUUGUUUCUGCAGGACCAGCGGAACGCGUUCUCUUGGAUCCACACCUUCAUUGGUGGCUUUGGCGGCGAUGUGUCGAAUAUCACUGCAUUCGGUGAAUCAGCAGGCAGCGUCAGCCUCGUCUACCACAUCUGUGGUUCCCCCACGCGUCUAUUUGAUCGUGCGAUUCUGCAAUCUGGAGUUAUCAUGGGUAACACGUCAUUUGAAGUCAAGGAUAAAGAGUACCAAGACAUGUUAAAGCACUUCGAGAUUGAAGGCAAUACCUCUGGUGAAAGGCUGGAAAAAUUGAGACAAGUUGAUGCGGCGGCUUUGGCCCAGUACCCUGGGAUAUUUAUGUGUCCCUUCGUAGGUCCGAUCCCUGGAAUCUCUGAAGCAGACUCACUCUUCACUUGUGGUCCACCUACGGUUGCAAACCAGACCGGAUUGAUUGCUGCUUGUCCCUGGCUUGGCGACAUGAUUAUUGGCGACGUGUUCUGGGAGGGUGACAUUACCCUCCCCGGCUUGAGAAAUCGCUCACACGCUGCAUUGGUCGAAUCUAUGAUGGCGGUUUUUCCUUCAGUGCACGCAGAAGCUGUACUUUCUGAAUAUGAGCUUGAUGUUUCUACCAAAGUCGACGAGGUCCGCUCUUGGGCGCAGACCUCCAAGUUGAUGGGCGAUUUGAUAUUCUCAGCUGAAAUUGAGCGGCUCACUUACAAGCUGGGUCUCGCAGAACACAGAAGGAUUUACCGGUAUUCAUUCGGACUGUCAAAUCCAAUACCAGGAAGUUUACACAGCUUCGCCACUGGCCAUCACUUCAUCGACAUAUUGUUUCUCUUCCUGACAUUGAUCGACCGGUACCCGACGCAUCGGAACAAGUGGUACCAGCGGCAGGCUAUGGUGACUGCUCGCCGAUGGAUUUCUUUCGCACACGGCCAAGCACCAUGGGAGGCUUACAUUGCUGAGGCUGAGGGAGUGGCAAAUGCUAAGAUAGCCAUCUGCAAUGACAUUGUUGGAUGGACCACCCGUACGAUCGCAGAAGAUGAAGAGAUUAGCGAAAAUGAUCCUUGGGGCCCUAGAAGAUACGGAGGGUUGAGGGCGAUUAUUGCUGCACUCGAUGCCCUUCGGAGUGCUGAAGAAAGUGAAGAAAAAUAUUGUCAAAAGAUACAACAGAUCAAGCUAUUCUCAUGGGGAUUUUAA